UCCGGUGCCGAGGCAGCGAGCAGCGGUAGCGAAAGAGCGAGUGGGGACGGAGCGCUCGUUGCGGCUGUUGUCGAAAUGUCGGCGGAGGAGGAUACGGAGCUGCGGGAUCUAUUGGUGCAAACUUUGGAGAACAGCGGCGUGUUAAACAAGCUCAAGGCUGAACUACGGGCAGCUGUAUUCCUAGCACUCGAAGAACAGGAGAGAAUCGAAAAUAAAACACCAUUGGUUAAUGAGAGCUUGAAAAAUUUUUUGAACACAGAGGAUGGGCGCUUGGUGGCUGGUCUUGUUACUGAAUUUCUCCAGUUUUUCAACCUUGAUUUUACCUUGGCUGUAUUUCAGCCAGAAACAAACACUUUCACUGGACUUGAUGGACGGGAAGAUUUGGCAAGGGAGCUAGGAAUUCAUGAAAGUGAUGGCUUGAAAGGAGUACCUAUAUUAUUGGAGGUGAUGCAAAGAAAUCGACAAAAGGAGAAAGAUCAUAGUCUUUCUGAAGGAGAUCAUGUCACUUGUAUUCCAAAGGAAUUAACAACAAAGCACAUAGCAGAAGUGAAGAAAAAGUUUGAAUUUUAUGAUAAAGACAAGAAUGGUAAAAUAAGUAAAGAAGAAUUGAAAGAACUAUUCCUUGAUCUCCUCCCUCAUUUUAACAAGAAUAUGCUGGACAGUUAUGUAAAUGAUGAAGUUAGAACAGUGGAUAAAGGUUUUAGUAAUGCAAUUGAUUAUGAUGAAUUUCUGGGAAUGUAUAAAAGUCUAUUCAUCCAAUGUAGAAGUGUGGUAGUUCAAGAUACUUCUGGUAUGGUGCAAUCUCCACGUAAGAUUCCAGAAGGGAGGCAGAAUGUAGGGAGUAAGAUACCUAGAUACAAAGGAACUGGUAAAGUUAAAGAGAGCGGGGAGAAAGCUGGUGCGAAGGUCAUUGACACAAAUCUUGGAGAUACCAGUGUGGCCUCAGGUGAUAUAAAAACUGCAGCUAAUCUGCCUCCUGGAGAGCCGAAGCAAGAUUUAUUAUCUAAAACGUCCACUGGCCUCCCACAGAAGAAUGAAAAGCUAUAUUUCGGUGAAGAUGAAGAUUCAUUCUUUGAUGAUCCUUUGCCUGAGCAAAUGAAAACCUAUGGUUGGCGGACUGAUAUGAAAAGUAAACCUUUGGGUAGUCUAACGUCCCUUUCGGAUGCUCCUCCUCUGACAGCAGACCUGGGUACACUAGCAAGAGAGCCAGCAUUAAAAGAAACUGAUUUAAAAGGUGAUGAAGAAGAGUAUUAUGAUGAUGAUUUUAUCAGUGGUAGUCAACGUUCGGAUAAAACAAAGAGUGAAGUGAGCAUUGGUGAGGAGAUUGAAGAGGAAAUUUCAUUAGAGGGAGAAGAUCUUUGUACCAGUGAUAAGCUUGAUGACUUUACACAGGACCACACCAUAUCGAACUGUAGUGAUGUAGCAGAUUAUUUAGAGGAUGUGCCAUAGUGGCAUUGGCAGUAUUAUGCAUUUCACUGUACAGCUGAGUAGUUUUGCCUGCUUUUGUUGUUCUGACAAAAUUCUGAAGAUGUAAUUGAUCUCUCCAAAAUAAAACCACGGACCUCGAUCAACACUCAGAAAUGAAGCAAUCAAAAUGGUACUGAUUUAAGCAGUGGGAAAUCGGCAGUAUAUCGACCAUCAUUCAGUAUAUAGUUGGAAAGAUCUCUCUUAGCAAGAAUUAAUAAGUUUGGACUUAAAUUGUAAAAGUAAAAGCAUAACUAUUAAAAGUUAAUUUAAUACUAACUUACAUUUUCAAGUUCUUUGUAUUGAAAAUGUGUUAUCAAAGUUGUGUAACUUUUUUUUGGAAAUGGUUGAGAACUCACAAAUAUACUUAUUUAUUCUUUGUCAUUUGAAUUAAAUCUAUCAAUAUUA